ACAUGUUUGGCUCCAGACCCAGUUCUGAGCCAUCGGUUCUGUUUGGAUCAGCAGUGUACCUGUAUGUUUAUUUGUCUGAUUCGUGCUCUCAAACAGCACCUGUAAAGCUUUGUGUAUCUCCUUCAUCUCUCCUCCCUCAUGCAUCGCUUCACUUGCCUCCAAACUGGUUGGCCUUUGUUUAUAUAUGACUGACCCCACACACCUGACGCAUUUCCUCCAUAGAUGGGAUAUUUAUUUAGAUUGCAGUCUGGAGUGCCUGAUACCUUCCAAAAGCACAACCAUCUGCUCCUCAUUUGGCGCUCGAGGCUCAAGGGCUAAAAUACCGGUUUGUAUUGGAAGAGACGUGAACGUGAGAUCCUCAACAACAACACCCCUGGUUUUAUCUCCAGCCAACUGUAGAUUGAAUCAUCGUGAAAUACCUCUGCUGUGAUAAUUCUAUUUAACUGGGGUUAAUGUUGUCUUAGCACCAUUUAAACCAAUUGUGAACUUUCUUAAUUCCCCCUAAAAGAUUGAAAAACACUUGCUUCAGCAGACCGAUCUGCCCAAUUGAGGCUAUUACCAAUCUCCCGUUUAAGAUGGCAGACUCUCUUGCGGCAGAAGGUAAAUGUAAGCCCUUGCUCAGGCCAAAGCAUCCUUUAGUGCUCCUGGAGCUAGAGCCAGGGAGAUUAUCAUGUCAGGAGUAAUCCGACUCGGCCCACAAGCACAACUAUGGAGGAGGAGGAGCAACAGUUGAGGGGGGGGGGGGUCAGACGGAGGCAUCAGAAAAGCUCUCUGCUCCACUUACGGUAACCACGCUCUCCCUCCUCACCCUAACCCAUCUUCUCAACCCACAGAGUUCCCCUCUCUCUGGAGUUGAAGAGAAGACCUACCGCUGGAAGAAGGGAUCAAGUCUGAGCAAAAAGGGGAACAAAAAAAAUGAGUGAUGAAGAAUGAUGACAGGAGUUUUAUGAAGUGAACCAGAUGCCAAGUCAGGAGCUUCUCUAAAGACCCAUCACUCCUCUUUUUGAAUGGAACAUCCUGCCAUAAAGCCAUGAAGCCAUGAAGUCCAUGCUUACAUUCGGAGGAAUGUUGAUAUUUAUCUUUGCAACCUAAAAGAGUUCCAAGGAAGUGCAAAUAUGAUAAAAGAAUAAUACAGCCUGGACCUGAUUCAAGUCAGGACACCUCCCCUACUUGCAGGCACAGGGAGUUGUGGUGCUUUUCAUGGAAACAAGCAGGAAUCCUGCCCAAGCGCCUUGCCUGUGAUGAUGAUGAUGGACUUACCUAGCCAGCACUUGACUGUGGAGGUCAGUUGAAGACGACGCCACGCAGCUAAGUCUGGAUUAGCCGGCCGAACGAGUUUCAAUGCUCCUCCACGUUCUAAGAUGAAGUUAUGGAAAGGUGCUACUUUUGCCUUCAUGCUCUGUGGUGCAGCCCUGUCCGUCCUCCUCAUUAGAAACAUGGCCACUAUUGGACAGUUCAAACCUAAGACAAAAUAUCCAUUCACAUCUUCAUCUUCAUCAAGUCCGUCUUCAUCAUCAGACUCAACAUCCAGAACCUCACCGCCAUCACCCUCAUCAUCAUCAUCAUCAUUACCGCCAUCAUCGGCAGAAUCUGCAGCGUUGUCCCGGCAGACGGGUGGUCUUCAUCGGAGAAUCCGCUCAGCAGACGACAUGAACUCUCUCCUCUCAGAGUUUUCCAUGAUGUUCCAGAGCUUCACAGAGGGCGAGCUCCAGCAUGUGGUCGGGACCUUGCUAGAAAGGAAGAGAAGGAAGAGCCGGCGGUUGGGUGAGAACCAGGCUCGAAGGACUAAAAGAGCCCGGAGGCCAAAGCCCUGCUCUCUGAGGGAGCUGGAGCUGACCGUUAGCGAACUGGGUCUCGGCUACGAGAGCGACGAGACAGUGCUUCUGCGCUACUGCAGUGGCAAAUGCACGGCCCACCGGCGCAACUACGACAUUACCAUGGAGCACAUGAUGCGGACGGGCUUCAGGAGGAAGGGCCGCAAGGACAAGGUUAGCAAUGGGCCCUGUUGCCGGCCAACUGCGUUCGAAAAGGACUUUUCCUUCCUAGACAACAACAGCCGCUAUCACACGAUACAGAAUGUGUCGGCGAAGAAUUGUGGGUGCGUAUGACCCAGAGAAAUAGACUUAUUAUUUCUUCAUGCUGCUCAGAGCCUCUGUUGAAAGAGUUGAAACAAGGUUACUGUUAAAUGACAAAGACAAGGAAAGACAACUAUGGAAUAUACACUCAAGGAGAAGGAGAAAAAGAUUGGAAUAUGUUUAUGGCUGCUCCACAACAGCCAUUUUUGACAGACAGACUUUUUGGCAUCUGUCACCACAGCUUGGGACCCAAUCACAUAGACACCAAGUGCUGUGUGUGGAUUCCAAGUAAAAAGACAGAAAAUGACUGUUCAUAACGAAGAUUUUUAUUAUCUUUUCUAUCUGUGUAGUAACACUGUAAAUUGUGGUGUAACAACAACAUAGCAACAUUAUGUUUGUGAUAUUACAUAUAAGUAGUAGUACAUGCGAUAGACUCAUGAUGAUGAUCGGACUAGAUUAUUGCUGUUACUAUACUCCCUAUCCAUGGGUGUUAAAUAAGUCCAAAUCCUGCAGUUUACAUUAUUAUAAUGGUGACAGCAAAUCACCAUUCAGGCAGAAAAAGUACUCAAAAGUUAAUUCCAAAGCCAUAAAUAAAACAAACAAACAAACAAAAAAAUACAUUUAAUGCACCAGUGUUUACUGUAAGUUCUGUGCAAGACAGUUUGGACCAUUGACCUAAUUAUAAUGUAAGCUGUCUCCAGAGAGUAAAUUGACUUAAAGGUGUGUUGAAUUGUUAUCACAGGGCACAGGACUUUGUGACCUGUUUGUAUCCUUUACUGUUACUGAUUGCAGUGUUAUUACACAGGUAAAAGAACAAGUGUUAUUGAUAAGAAUUUGACGAUGAAAGAAAAUCCUUUUCUAUAGCUCCAGGUUUGAUACCCACCUUUAAUAAGUGUUUUGUAUAUUGAUAUUGUGUAGAUUAACAAAAAGGGACCUAGGGGGCAUAUAAAUACACUCUAAAUACACUAGCAACAGAACAAUAUGAUCAUUUCUCCCAUUUGUUCCAUCACACUCAAAGAAAUUAUAAUUUUAAGUCUUUUAUUUAAUUCUUUUCCCAUAUAACCCAGUAUUGCAAUUACCCAUAAUCCUCUGCAAUUAUUUUCCUCAAAGAAUUGCCAAAAUACACCAAGUCAAUUCAACACAUGAUGAAUUCACAAACUUACAUAAACAUCUCCAGGUAAUAUAACCACUUUGCAUUCUCUGUGAAUGUUUACACACAGAGUUUUUAGUUAAUCUUAGGCUCAAGUUUGAAAGAGAAGAAUGGUUUUAAUGAUCAGUAGUGGCAUGUUUUUUUUAUUUUCGCUGGCAUAAAACUAACUAUGAAGUAGAGACGUGAUCUGGAAAUGUGUUUGCACCCAUCCAUAAAGCCCUGUUACUUGCUAUGAUCCAAAGCCCACAGUACAGCCUUCUACUGGCCCAUCAAAUGCCUCCUCGUUGCAUUGCCUGGUAGAUUUUUAGGGGGAAAAAAAGUUUUUGAAAUUAAUUAUGAAGCGUCUUUUUCAGUUUGAACCCAUUGCAACUGUUUGCCUGAAGUACAAUAAAUUAUAUUGUUUUUUUUUGUUUUUUUUUCUGAGGAGGUGCAGUGCGAGGUGUGGAUGCGGUGCAUCUUUAUUGUAGUUUAUGUUGUAUUUAUUUGGGAAGUAAAUUAUGGUUUUGCAUAUUUAUUUAGAUUACCACACAGAAACGGGACAGCUUAUUAUCAUUAAGCAACUGUGCCAAAAAAUGUUUUAUCUAACAUUCUAUAUUGACUGCUGAAUAAAUAUAAUUUCAGAGGUACGGAUUUUCAUCAUUUCUCCCAAACUAUUGAUCUUUGGGUGUCUCGGUGUUUCUGUACUCAGACUGUAUUUAAAAUAAACAAAUACAUAACAAUAAAAUUUUAAUCAUGCAACAUGCUGUAAAGGAAGAAAAGGGCACUGUAAAAAGGUGAACUCUGUGAGGAAAUUUAAGGACGACGGCAGAAGGACAUGCUGACAAUCAGAUUACACUAAAUGAACCAUAUGGUAGAUUAAAAACACAUCAAGCUAAUAUAAUUAUAAAUAUUUCCUG